UGUGGUUAAUUGCUUCUAAUGCUCUCAUCCCCAGCGCUGGCAUUGAGUGAAUGUUGCGUAGCCUGGUCAGAGACUGUAACUCUUGUCUUUUCACACUGAUCAUAAGGGAAGAGGGAUUUUGGAGAGGAGCAGUGUGUGUCCUGUAGGUGCAUUAGCAGUACAAUAGCUUCUUCUUUCAAGACAGGCUGUGUUAAUAAUAUUAGUAUCUGAAGAGAGUGAUGGUGUGUGCAUCUUGCUCAGCUAGGUUUUUCUUCACUAUGCUGCAAGUUUUCUUCAGAGCUUAUCUGAAGCCUGCUGAAGUACCGUGUGUGUUAAACUACCUGCUCUACAUCUCUAGUGUGCUUAGAUGUCUGCCAGAAAUUUAAGGUGAAAACAGAGUUGUUUGCACUGUUGCUUGCUGUGCUUGUGCAACUUCAGAAUAAUUCAUUUGUAAUCCUGGGCAAUGGGAGGGAACGAGGCAUUCCUCUUCACAGAGUUGUAUUUCAGUAGCAAUCACUAGCAAUCGACUUUAACUUUUAUGGAGGAUUAUAAAGAUGGGGAAGCUGCUUAUCCCUCUUUCUUGUACAAAGGGUAAAAACUGCUGUCAUGCAGUUGACUUCCUGCGGAUCGACAGGAAUCCUGUGGAUUUUCAUAGUUCUUCACAGCACAGUGGUACUUAUUAGCCUGCUGUGGUUCAGUUCCAAAUCAAUUCUCCUCUUGCUUUCGUUAUUUCUGGUGCUCUACAGUAGACACAGAUAAGACAGACACGUGGGUAGUGGCCAACUGAUAGGAUAUUAUCAAGUAGUCAUGGGAAUGGUAUAUUUGGAAGUACAGAUGCAGGUAAUGGUAGUCUUUGGAGCCUUGUUUUGUUUUGGGCCUGAAGUUCACAGUGGGAACUAGUUUACAGCAAACCAGACUGCACAGCAGUGUGCAGCUUCUCACAGUUACUCAGUGCGUUGGUGUUUCGUCUGAUUCAUGGUUGUGAUGCUCUGUCAUGAGGAAAUGCCCAAAUAAUUUCUGUUCUGUGAAGGUGGUAACUUCACUUUCUGAGUAUGGGCCUUGCACCUACUCUCUCUUUUUUUCUUCUCAGGUGGCAUCACAGAUGGUACAGUGUUGUUUUGCAGUAGCCUGGCCUUUUUUACUGCUUCGUUGCUCUUUUUGUUUGCUGGACAGGUGGAUUAUAUGCAUGUGUAUUGAGACUCCAGACUGUGUGGGAGUCUUGUUUGUUGAGUAGUAACUGAUUUUAUUUUAACUGUCUGUAGCUCCUGAAAAGUUUACCAGCAAUUUAAAUCUGCUAUUCUGAUAAUCAUAACUUAACAGAAAAGGUAUUUUGUUUCCAGGACACCUUGUCUUUUUCGCUGACUGGGCACUUGGAGUUUGCUCCUACCCGUGGGCCAGGGGAGAAAAGAACAGUCUUUCUUCAGAGGCUGUCAGAGUGCUUUGCCCAUCCCUGAUGCUGAAAACAUCUUCUUUAGUGAGUACUGUGUAACCCACUCGCUGCCCAAGAUGGUGAAGCUGGAUAUACACACGCUGGCUCAUCACCUCAAGCAGGAACGGCUCUAUGUAAACUCAGAAAAGCAGCUCAUUCAGAGGCUCAAUGCAGAUGUAUUGAAGACAGCUGAAAAGCUGUACCGCACAGCAUGGAUUUCCAAGCAGCAAAGGAUUAACUUGGACAGACUGAUUAUAACAAGUGCUGAAGCUUCUCCUGCUGAAUGUUGCCAGCAUGCUAAAAUCUUGGAGGACACCCAGUUUGUGGAUGGGUAUAAGCAGUUGGGAUUUCAGGAGACUGCUUACGGAGAAUUCCUAAACAGAUUGAGAGAGAACCCUAGGCUUAUUGCAUCCUGUCUGGUUGCUGGAGAGAAGCUCAACCAGGACAACACGCAGAGUGUCAUCCACACAGUCUUUACCUCCAUUUAUGGCAACUGCAUCAUGCAGGAGGAUGAAAGCUACCUCCUCCAGGUCCUGCGUUACUUGAUUGAGUUUGAACUCAAGGAAAGCGACAACCCUAGGCGGCUGCUGAGACGAGGCACUUGUGCCUUCAGCAUCUUGUUCAAACUUUUCUCUGAAGGACUCUUUUCUGCAAAACUUUUUCUUACUGCAACUUUACAUGAGCCAAUCAUGCAGCUGCUGGUUGAAGAUGAAGACCAUUUGGAGACUGAUCCAAACAAGUUAAUUGAGAGAUUCUCCCCGGUACAACAGGAAAAGUUAUUUGGAGAGAAAGGCACGGAAAAGUUCAAGCAAAGAGUCCAAGAGAUGGUUGACUCCAAUGAGGCCAAGCUGGUGACCUUGGUGAACAAAUUCAUUGGCUAUCUCAAACAAAACACUUACUGUUUUCCUCACAGCUUGCGAUGGAUUGUGUCGCAAAUGUACAAAACGCUCUCGUGUGUAGACAGGCUGGAGGUUGGGGAGGUCAGAGCAAUGUGCACAGAUCUCCUUCUAGCCUGUUUCAUCUGUCCUGCAAUUGUUAACCCAGAACAGUAUGGGAUCAUUUCUGAUGCUCCUAUAAAUGAGGUGGCAAGAUUUAAUCUGAUGCAGGUUGGGAGACUUCUGCAGCAACUGGCCAUGACAGGUUCUGAAGAGGGAGACCCACGUAUGAAGAGCAACCUUGCUAAAUUUGACAAAAGCUGUGUUGCUGCCUUUCUGGAUGUAGUUAUUGAUGGGCGUGCAGUUGAAACUCCUCCGAUGUCUUCUGUUAACCUUCUGGAGGGGUUGAGCAGAACAGUGGUUUACAUGACAUACAGCCAGCUAACUACUCUGGUUGGCUUUAUGCGGAAUGUAAUGUCAAGCGACCAGCUUAAGGAAGAUCGGAUGGCUUUGGAAAACUUGCUGGCAAACUUACCCCAGAACAAACCAGGGAAAAGCUGCAGCCUUGAAAUGACUCCGUAUAAUACCCCCCAACUUUCUCCUGCAACUACUCCAGCUAACAAAAAAAAUCGAUUGCCAAUAGGACAGCAGUUGGCAGCCAUUACUGCCUGGGAUACUUCUGCUACCAAUCUUUCUGCUCAUAUAACUCUAGUAACCCCUUUUGCAACUCGUAGCAGAAGUAGAUCAAACAUUCUAAUGGAUCAGCAUGGAGAUCAUGAAGGAUCCUCCCAGGAGACUAUCCCAGAAGUUCAGCCUGAAGAAGUGCUGGUGAUUUCUUUGGGGACAGGUCCACAGAUUACUCCAGGAAUGAUGUCAGAAAAUGAGGUCUUAAAUAUGCAGCUUGCAGAUGGUGGACAAGGAGAUGUCCCUGUUGAUGAAAACAAACUCCAUGGUAAACCUGAUAAAACCUUGCGCUUUUCCCUCUGCAGUGAUAAUCUGGAAGGAAUAUCUGAAGGUCCUUCCAAUCGCUCCAACUCCGUGUCAUCUUUGGAUUUAGAAGGAGAGUCUGUGUCGGAGCUUGGCGCAGGCCCUUCUGGGAGCAAUGGUGUAGAAGCUCUGCAGCUGUUAGAGCAUGAACAAGCCACAACUCAGGAUAAUCUUGAUGACAAGCUCCGUAAAUUUGAAAUCCGUGAUAUGAUGGGGUUGACUGAUGACAGAGAUAUAUCAGAAACUGUGAGUGAAACUUGGAGUACAGAUGUCUUGGGAAGUGACUUCGAUCCAAAUAUUGAUGAAGAUCGUUUGCAAGAAAUAGCAGGUGCAGCUGCAGAGAACAUGCUAGGCAGCUUGCUGUGUUUACCAGGUUCAGGAUCCGUGUUGCUUGAUCCCUGCACAGGUUCAACCAUAUCAGAAACCACAAGUGAGGCAUGGAGUGUGGAAGUAUUACCAAGUGAUUCAGAGGCCCCAGACUUAAAACAGGAGGAAAGACUACAAGAACUGGAAAGCUGUUCUGGGCUGGGUAGCACAUCUGAUGACACAGAUGUAAGGGAGGUCAGUUCUCGACCCAGCACACCAGGCCUCAGCGUUGUAUCAGGUAUUAGUGCCACAUCUGAAGAUAUUCCUAAUAAGAUUGAGGAUCUCAGGUCUGAGUGCAGCUCUGACUUCGGGGGAAAAGAUUCUGUGACGAGUCCUGACAUGGAUGAAACAGCCCACGGAGCCAGUCAGUUGACAUCUCCUCCUUCUCAAACAGAUUCUUUGCUUGCACUGUUUGACCCUCUGUCAUCAAAUGAGGGUGUAUCAGCUGUAGUAAGGCCUAAGGUACACUAUGCAAGACCCUCUCAUCCACCACCAGAUCCACCAAUCUUGGAAGGAGCCAUGGGAGGUAACGAGGCCCGAUUACCAAACUUUGGGUCUCACUCUUUAAUUCCAACUGAUUUAGAAGCAUUCAAACAGAGGCAUUCUUACCCAGAGAGGCUAGUCCGCAGUAGGAGUUCAGAUAUAGUAUCAUCAGUUCGGAGACCUAUGAGUGAUCCUGGGUGGAACAGACGUCCUGGUAAUGAGGAGAGGGAGCUUCCUAUGCCAGCCACAAACGCUGGAGCAGCAGGUCUGGUGGCUGCGUCACAGUCGUCAUCUUCAUCUCCCAGUAAAGACUCCUCUAGGGGAGAGAUUGAAGAACGAAAAGACAGUGAUGAUGAGAAGUCUGACAGAAACAAACCCUGGUGGAGGAAGCGUUUUGUGUCUGCCAUGCCCAAAGCUCCUAUUCCAUUUAGAAAGAAAGAAAAACAAGAAAAAGACAAAGAUGACAUGGUGCCUGACAGAUACGCAACACUUCAAGAUGAUCCCAGCCCAAGGCUCAGUGCACAAGCACAAGCUGCAGAGGACAUUCUGGACAAAUACAGGAAUGCAAUCAAGAGAACCAGUCCCAGUGAAGGAGCCAUCGUAAACUAUGACGGUGCAGAGGCUAUUGGUGAUGGUGAGAGUAUGCAUGACUCUCCACGUGAUGAGGCCUUGCAAAACAUGUCUGCAGAUGAUCUCCCGGACUCUGCAAGUCAAGUAGCACAGCCACAAAGUUCUGCUUUCUCCUAUAGGGAUGCAAAGAAGAAAUUGAGAUUGGCUCUUUGUUCAGCAGAUUCUGUUGCCUUCCCGAUGCUGACACAUUCAACAAGGAACGGUCUGCCAGACCACACAGACCCUGAAGAUAAUGAAAUUGUGUGCUUCUUGAAAGUUCAGCUAGCUGAAGCUAUUAACCUCCAAGAUAAGAACUUGAUGGCCCAGCUGCAGGAGACAAUGCGAUGUGUAAGCCGCUUUGAUAACAGGACCUGUCGAAAGCUGCUGGCGUCUAUUGCAGAGGACUAUAGGAAAAGAGCUCCGUACAUCGCUUAUUUAACUCGAUGUCGCCAAGGGCUGCAAACGACACAAGCGCACUUGGAAAGGCUGUUGCAAAGAGUUCUGCGAGAUAAAGAAGUGGCCAACAGAUACUUCACUACAGUAUGUGUAAGGCUGCUGCUAGAAAGCAAAGAAAAGAAAAUAAGGGAGUUUAUUCAAGAUUUCCAGAAACUCACAGCAGCAGAUGAUAAAACAGCCCAAGUUGAAGAUUUUCUCCAGUUCUUGUAUGGGGCUAUGGCUCAGGAUGCCAUAUGGCAGAAUGCCAGUGAAGAACAGCUUCAGGAUGCACAAUUAGCUAUAGAACGCAGCGUGAUGAAUCGUAUUUUCAAACUUGCAUUCUACCCUAAUCAGGAUGGAGAUAUUUUGCGUGACCAGGUCCUUCAUGAGCACAUACAGAGGUUAUCUAAAGUAGUGACUGCAAACCACAAAGCACUUCAGAUACCUGAGGUAUAUCUCCGGGAGGCACCGUGGCCAUCUGCACAGUCUGAAAUCCGCACAAUAAGCGCUUACAAAACCCCCCGAGACAAAGUACAGUGUAUCCUGCGUAUGUGUUCAACCAUCAUGAACCUGCUUAGUCUGGCAAAUGAAGAUUCAGUACCUGGGGCAGAUGAUUUUGUUCCUGUUCUGGUCUUUGUUCUCAUAAAGGCAAACCCACCUUGCUUGCUGUCCACUGUUCAGUACAUUAGUAGUUUCUAUGCCAACUGUUUAUCUGGAGAAGAGUCGUACUGGUGGAUGCAGUUCACAGCAGCAGUUGAAUUCAUUAAAACUAUUGAUGAUCGCAAAUAACUCAAGCAGCACACGUAUGGGCAGACUGUUAGCAGAAGAAGAGUCUAUAAGAAUGUACAACAGCUGCAAAAGCUGAAGAAGAGACUUUCCUUGUAUAAUACUGUACAGAAUUGAGGCAUUUUAAAACACACCUUUACUAAUCAAAUUAAUUUAACAGAUGUUCCCUCUUCUCUUUUGGUUGCGUUUUUCUCCCCUAUAGAUACUGGCACUGCAAAAGGGACCACAGUUUUCAGGUAUUUUGGAAUCUCAAAACAUGCAGAAAAUUCUUCAUGCUUUUCACACCACCCUUCUUCCUGAAUUCUUACUCACGUGAAUAGUUCACUUCAUUUAAUUUCUAAUAGAAAAACAAGAAGAAUCAGGGCAACCACUUAGUAUACUUUCUAGCUUAAUACACCUUUUAUUAAUAAAACACCAGCCACACUGAAAGUUUGUAGUAGCUGACAUUAGUUAUCAAUUAUAUUUCACCAAAAUUUAAAAUCUGAGAGGACAGUGUAAAUAUUAUAUAACUAUAUUUAAUGCAUUGCAAUUAUCUUUGGAUUCGUUAUCCUUUGAAUAAACAAGCAAGAGCCUCUCUGACCUCUAACAGGUUGUGACAUACUGUGUUUUGGUAACGAAAGGACUUCCUCGAAAGGCUAAGAUUAAAAAAGGGCAAACUGAACUAUUUAUUAAAAUGUAAUUAAGAUUACUGAAAUUUCUAAAACUGGAAUUUAUAGUAGAUGGGGCUUAUUAGAUAGCUGAACACUUUUUGGCUAGGGCAUUAGGGUGUUACAAAGGUUUGGAUAUAUAGAGGAGAGGAACUGUAAGUUACAAUAGAUAAGUCUAAUAUAAAAAAGGAGAAAUAAAAUACCUUACUGUAAUAUUUUUUCUGAGAUAUUGUGUAUACUGUACAAACCCCAAACAGAGAUCCUUAACAGAACCUUGGACUGUAAUAUAUAUUUUGAUUAGUGACAUUAAAUACAUAUGCCAGGGGUUUCAGUGAAUGUUUUUACUAAAUGUUCUUCGUGUUGUCUGCUAUGCAGCAGUGCAAGUUUUACUGUUCAUAUGAAAUAUUUUAAAAUAUAACACUGUUCUUUAUGAAACAUAUCAUGACAUCAGUUCAGGGUGUUUUAUAGAUUUCUCACCCCACUUUUUCCCUUAAACUGACAAUUACCAAUUUAAAGAAGUUUUUAUGCACAACACCAUAUGGAUUUCUCCUGAGUGAAAUGGUCUGAGUGAUGGCCAGUGGUUGUUACCUGUACAUAAGCACUCGCUGUUCUUUUUUAGCUGGAAUUACAGUGAAAAAGGACAGCGAGCGUUUAACGUUUCCAUGUCAGUAUUAUUUCUUGCUCUUUCCAGAGUGUUCAUUGCACUUCUGACAGAGGGAUGUGUUAAGGCUUGGUGUCUGUGAGUUCUGAAGAAAACAAAAUCUUUCUCUCAUUCUUUUCAAAAUAGGAUUUUUAUUUUAUUUGUGUGUGCAUUUUGAUGAGGACAACCUGUAACCAACUAGUACUUGGGAAAAGAAUUUGGUUAAUUGAAAUUAGAGCAAUUUAUGUCAAGUAUCAAGUGCUUGAUUUGGCUGUGCUACUCGUCGAGGCAUAAUUAAAGAAACUUACUUUCUAGGACUCUAGUAUGUAACUCAGUAUAGCAACGUUUUUGCCAAACUAAUCACAGGUGAGAGGGUGGGAUGGUAACCUUUUUCUUUUAUUUAUAGUCUUUCUCCUCUAUGAGAGACUUGAUUGUGUGGAGGAGCAAUACUCAGUAGAAACAAAAUUCUUCUGAUCUGCCUUACUGUGGUAACUCAGUCUGUGUAGCACUGCAAUAUUCCAGUUCUUUAGCCUUGAUGAGGUUUUGGUGCUGAACACAUAACUUGAUAUUGCAAGCACAGCCCUGACCAAUAAUACUCAGCAGCGAAGCACAAAUAUGCCCUUGAAGAUAUGGCCAGAUCAUAUCUAAAAGCAAUAUAAAUUUAUUUAUAUCGAAGUGUCCUGUAAUAUUUAAUUAUUACUUGAAUAUCUGAGAUGUUAAGACCCAUGUUUGAAAGUGCUUUUAGUCCUGCAGCUUGGGUUUUAGUUGAGGAGAGUAUUUGUACAGUCCCUAAAGGAGGCACAAAGACACUUCAGUUGGUGAUUACCCUGCACUUUGCUUCUGUUUGCAGACCUGGUAAGCAGGAUUUGACCAGCACCAUCAGAUCCUUCAGAUUUGCUCUCCUUUAUGGAAGGGGCAAGAACCAUUUCCUUCACAGGUUUUGUCACUUUGUUUUUCUGCGUAGAACUGGAGUCUUUAUUAUUAUUAUUACUAUUAUUAUUAUUAUUAUUUAGUUAUUUUAAAACCAGUGAGUGUUUCAAUGAGCCCCAGAUGAGCUGAGAGUCUUCAUAGCAAGAUGGUCCUUUGCUUCUUUUUUCCAACCUACUCUGAAAGUCCUUUAUAGAGUCUUGGUAGGUGUAGUUAGAGAAUUAGACUUUCUGAAGAAUUAAAAACCUUCCUGUAAUGUCCUCUUACUGUUUUCCCCUGGUGUCCCAUAACAUUUUAUUUUAAAAUGACAAAUUACAUGUCUAGGAAGUGAUGUUGUUAGGUUUUGGUGUGCAAUAGUAAAGGUGAAAAAACAGUGCAUAAAGGACCAAAAGUAACAGCACUGCUGCCAAGAGGUGCCAGCCAAGUAUCUGUUGCUGUAAACUUGGUGCUUUCUGUUAAUUAAACUACUCCAGCCACUGAAGGAUGAAUGGAAUAUUGUGGGGAAAGGGGAGGGAUCCUCAGUAGCAGGUUGCAGUCAAGACUCAGUCAUUGACUUCAGCGCUGGUCAUUGGCAUGUCUGGAGGAGCUGCCAAAUUAACCAAUGGCUCGGCAAUGCCUGUUAAUAUUAGAGAGGUGGUGUUUUCCUUUCUUGGGUAGAGGAGGGAAAGGAAAGGGCUGGGCUUUUUCUUCCCUAGGAGAUUCCUUUUAGCUCCUAACCCUAAGGGAGACUUUUCUCUAAAGCUUUUCUAAAUCCCCUUGAAGGAGAAUUGGAACGUGUAUGGCCUAUUAGGUAUUUCAGUUUAAAACUUUUUUGUUUUGAAGACCUUAUACUACCAAAUGCUGAAUGUAACUGCCAUAAAUUUCAGGAAAAAAAAGCCACGAACAUGAUCUUGUUUCCUGUCGGUGAGUUUCUGGUGAACACAGUGUUGGUUCGUAUCGCGCGAAAACGUGAGUGUUAUGUUGAGCCAAAUUCUCAGAGAAGUUUGGGAACUCUCUGCUGUGCUAAUGCUGAGUGCACAUGGGGAAGGGGAGCUAGAACAGGGGCACAGGAGGCUGGCCUGUGCAGCAGCAGUGCCUCAGGCCAGUGAAGGUGUGCUUGGCAUGAGCGUAACAUGCGUGGCCAUGCUGGGGUACAGAGCGUGCAGCCUCCGGCUGGCAGCGGGGCCGGGAGAGUGGGAGCAGCAGGAAAGGAGGAGGAGAAGAAUCCUCUUGUUUGGGUGACAGCUGGUGACUUGGUUGAGCCUGUACUACUUGAGAAUUAAUCUCUGCUGAGUUAGUAGUGUGUGUUCUGUACCUUUUAAUUGUGCUUUACCUCUAUUUAAAAGCUUUGUACUGCCUCUCCUCUUUGAAACUGGUAAAGCCUUUAUAAAUCUAAAUUAAUGAGCUUGCACAAUCUUGUAUACAGGAACCCCAUCUUGUCUCUAACGUGAUUAUUAAUGUAUUAUUCUGUAAAAACUGAUUAAAAGGAGAGCAGUUUAA